CAAGGAAGUGCCCAACUAAAUAAAAGACUGGUAUGUGGAAUGGCAGUAUAAAGGUGCGAGUGCAAGGGGUUUGUCCGCAUACCAUCUGACAACAUGAAGGUCCUGCUGUUAACGCUGGUGCUCCUGCUGUCUAGCGCUCAAGUGCUCUCACUCACAUGCUUCACCUGCGAAGGAGACGUGAACUGUAAGGCGGAGACAGUUUGCCCAGCAUCCUCUCAGUACUGCAAGACCAUGGAGCACGGAGAAGAACUUCGUCGAACUUGUGAGGACCUUUGCGGAGAUGAUGAUGACUUCAUAACCUGCUGCUCUGAAGACCUUUGCGGACCCUGAGGCCUCCCUACAAGUGCUCACUUCCACUUCCAGAUGAAUUAAAAUAAUACGAGAACAAAUAAUUACCUGAGUCUGAAUCUGAUAGAAAAUGAUUUGUUAAUCUGACACUCCUAUCCUGCUUUUACUUUCAAUUCAAUCUUGAAAUUAUGAUUAAUGAUUUAGUCUCACUCUUCAUUUCACAGCCAAAACUGCACUGGUUCACAGCCAUGUUUUAUCUUCAAAGAUCUAGUGAUGGCGAAAGGGCACACACACGCACACACACACACAGACACACAGCCAUGCACACACUUAAUCCUUCCUGAUGUCAGUUAGUGGGUCAGUGCUACGUGGGUCGCUGUCUGUGUCGGCUGUAAUGUGAAGUUGGCUGUUUCAAAACAUGUAAUGGAAAGAAAUGAAGCUUUUAAUUGAUCUGCUAGAUUUGUUUCAGCUGUCUUUUGUUACAGGUUAGACAGAGGCCUAUUGUUCUGAUGUACAAGGUUAAACCAAUUAUACCCAGCAAAUGUGUCCACGUGAGGUUGACAUGGGUUUAAAAACACAGUGUAGCUCACAUGUGCUGACUUCCUCACGAUUUAAUUUUGGGACGUAAUGUGAAAUGUAGCAACAAUAGAAGACUGCUGAUGUAAACAUGGAGCCUUUGAGAAUAAUGCAAUUUUAAAUAUUUUAAAGAAUCUGGUGUGCAAAUGUUUUAUAGGGAAGACAAUGCAACCAACAUUUUGUAUUAAGACUUAUUUUCAAACACUUUGUCUUUACUCUUGCUUACUGUCGGCCAAUUGUCUAAUUUUUUCAUGAAGUUAAACUGGGUAAUAAAUUAUAGUAAGCCAAUUAAUUCUGUCCAACAUCUCCACAUAGGAGAGGUGUUCUGGUCUAGUUUGUGUGCAUUUAUGUGAGCUAAUGAGAAUAACCCAAAACCAAUAACAACUCAACUAAAAAAACAAAGAGACAGAUUGGCAUUUAACCAAACAGACAUUGAUCAAAUAAAGGCACUUAUAUGGUAACAGAAAUGUGAUGAGUAUACGUACAUUAUCAUCUGAUGAUCCUCACCCUUUUCACCACUGAGCCAGGCACAUUAAUUAUCUUUAAAGAAACAAAUAAAAGUUCUUCACAAAA